UUGGCCCGCGGCCCUGGGAGGCGGCCAAUGACUGCGCUCGGGUAGAGCCGCGAGGCCAAUAUGGCUUCCUGCACCUGGUGACGGUUGAAGAAACGGUGUUAGGUCUCAUGGAGAAGACCCGGGCCGUCGAGGAAGCUCCAUCUUCAGAACCUAUGGAGGAGGAAGAGGAAGAGGAGGACGAUUUGGAGCUCUUUGGUGGCUAUGACAGUUUCCGGAGCUAUAACAGCAGUGCGGGCAGCGAGAGCAGCUCCUAUCUGGAGGAGUCAAGUGAAGCAGAAAAUGAGGAUCGGGAAGCAGGGGAGCUGCCCACCUCUCCCCUGCAUCUGCUCAGCCCUGGGACUCCCCGCUCCUUGGAUGGCAGUGGUUCUGAGCCAGCUGUCUGUGAGAUGUGUGGUAUCGUGGGUACAAGGGAAGCCUUCUUCUCCAAGACUAAGAGAUUCUGCAGCGUCUCCUGUUCUAGGAGCUACUCCUCCAACUCCAAGAAAGCCAGUAUCUUGGCCAGAUUACAGGGAAAACCACCUACCAAGAAAGCCAAAGUCCUCCACAAGGCGGCCUGGUCUGCCAAAAUUGGAGCCUUCCUCCACUCCCAAGGGACAGGACAGCUGGCAGAUGGGACGCCAACUGGGCAAGAUGCGCUGGUCUUGGGUUUCGACUGGGGGAAGUUCCUGAAGGAUCACAGUUACAAAGCUGCUCCUGUCAGCUGUUUUAAGCAUGUCCCACUGUAUGACCAGUGGGAGGACGUGAUGAAGGGGAUGAAGGUGGAGGUGCUCAAUAGCGACGCUGUGCUCCCCAGCCGGGUGUACUGGAUUGCCUCUGUCAUUCAGGCCGCAGGGUACCGGGUGCUGCUCCGGUAUGAGGGCUUUGAGAAUGACGCCAGCCAUGACUUCUGGUGCAACCUGGGAACGGUGGAUGUCCACCCCAUUGGCUGGUGUGCCAUCAACAGCAAGAUCCUGGUGCCCCCGCGGACCAUCCAUGCCAAGUUCACCGACUGGAAGGGGUACCUCAUGAAACGGUUGGUGGGCUCCAGGACGCUUCCUGUGGAUUUCCAUAUCAAGAUGGUGGAGAGCAUGAAGUACCCUUUUCGGCAAGGCAUGCGGCUGGAGGUGGUGGACAAGGCCCAGGUGUCACGGACCCGCAUGGCCGUUGUGGACACAGUAAUUGGGGGUCGCCUUCGGCUCCUCUAUGAGGAUGGCGACAGCGAUGACGACUUCUGGUGCCACAUGUGGAGCCCCCUGAUCCACCCAGUGGGUUGGUCACGGCGCGUUGGCCAUGGCAUCAAGCUUUCAGAGAGGCGCAGUGACAUGGCCCACCAUCCCACCUUCCGGAAAAUCUACUGUGAUGCUGUUCCUUACCUGUUCAAGAAGGUUCGAGCUGUCUACACGGAAGGUGGUUGGUUUGAGGAAGGGAUGAAACUGGAAGCCAUUGACCCCCUGAAUCUGGGCAACAUCUGCGUGGCAACUAUCUGCAAGGUUCUCCUGGACGGCUACCUCAUGAUCUGUGUGGACGGGGGACCUUCCACAGAUGGCUCAGACUGGUUCUGUUACCAUGCCUCCUCCCACGCUAUCUUCCCAGCUACCUUCUGCCAAAAGAAUGACAUUGAGCUCACACCACCUAAAGGCUACGAAUCACACACUUUCAGCUGGGACACCUACUUGGAGAAGACCAAGUCAAAAGCAGCUCCAUCGAGACUCUUUAACAUGGACUGCCCCAACCACGGCUUCAAGGUGGGCAUGAAGCUGGAGGCCGUGGACCUGAUGGAACCCCGGCUCAUCUGCGUGGCCACGGUGAAGCGGGUGGUGCAUAGGCUCCUCAGCAUCCACUUUGACGGCUGGGACAGCGAAUACGACCAGUGGGUGGACUGUGAGUCUCCGGACAUCUACCCCGUCGGCUGGUGUGAGCUCACCGGCUACCAGCUCCAGCCACCAGUGGCCGCAGAGCCGACCACACCUCUGAAGGCCAAAGAGGCCACGAAGAAGAAAAAGAAACAGUUUGGGAAGAAAAGGAAAAGAAUACCACCGAGCAAGACCCGGCCCCUCAGACAGGGGUCCAAGAAGCCCCUGCUGGAGGACGACCUGCAGGCCGCCGAGAAGAUCUCAUCGGAGCCUGUUCCUGAAGAGAAGAGAAUUUGAUCCUGACUCCUUUGCUAAAGGCACUAGGAAAGCCCGCCCGCUGUAGAAACCAGGCCCAGAAAGUGGCCUGUCCCUGCAACCUGCAUUCCCCAGAACGUGACUACAUUUGGAACCUGUGAAGAUCAAGGACAGAGGGGCCAUGCCCUCCCCUGCUAUUACUUACACCCCAGACCUGGGCCGUGAUGGAUCAGUGGCCUUAGACCCCCCCCACCCCACCGCCAGGAGGAAGACAGCCUGGGUAUGCACUUUGGCUCUGCUGUGCACCCACGGAGGGCUUGCAGGGUCGUGUUCCCAGCUGAAGCUAGCUCAUCACCCCCAAAGCCCCUGCAGUUUGGAGGGCCAGCUCCGGGGCUUCUGGGGAAACUGGACCAUAUAAGAUCAUAACCUUUAGCUCCUUCCUGGAUGAAGAAGUGAUGCCUGCGCGUGCCCCAAUAAGGAUGGCAGGGGCGGAGGACAAGUCUGGCUGCCAUUCCAGCCCUCAACUGGCCUCCCCGGACUUCCUGAAGUCGUUUGUCAGAUUUCUGUUUCUUAGAGCAGAGUGUAUUGUGAUCAGGCACCUCCCAGUAUCGAUUACGAAGGCUGGCUUCACACAGGACGAUGAAUAAAUGCUGCCUGUCAUCUUUUGAGUGCCCCAUCUCCAUAGCAA